AUGGGGCUGUCCACCUCGCGUUGCCGCCCUGUCUGUCUUGAUGCAGAGAUCGACCUCCACGACUCGCGCUUCAUUGACGUGGCCUUUCCUCCCACUCCUGGCUCUUUGGGGGAGGCAAAGGCAGGCAAGGUCUUUAUCACACAGGACCAGCGGCAGAACGCCCGCUGGGUCCGUGUGCCGGAACUCCUGCAUUUCAACCAGCAGAUCUCGGCGGCAGAGUUCUCCCAGAAGCAGCAGUCAGAGCUGACCUGGACAGACAUGCACAGAUUGACCCAUACUCCAGGCUCCUUGGGCAACUGCUGGCUGGUUGCCACAAUUGCAGCCUUGGCGCGGCGACCCGGGGCAGUUCGCCGGCUCUUCGUGGAAGCGGAGCCAGCUGCAGGGCGCUUCGUGGUUCAGCUCUUUGACAUGGCAUCCGGACGCUGGGAGCUCGUCGAAGUGGACGACUUCGUGCCUUGCACCAUGGAGGACGACUGGUCCGAUGUGCCCUACGAAGAGCAGGCAGAUGGAACCCGGGUGUACAACUACAAGGAUGUCUACACCGAGACCGGUGCCAAACGCCUUCGGAAGAAGUGGGUGCCGCUUUUCGGCCGGCCCAAUGGUCGCCAAGUUUGGGCACUGAUUCUCGAGAAGGCCAUGGCCAAGUUCGUAGGCUCCUACGCCAACCUGUCGGGGGGCACGGAGCCCUUCGCGCUGAUGGCCCUGACAGGGUUUCCAUUGGUCUACAUUCUCCAGCGUCCGGCCGCAGAUGAUGCAGAGACUUCGGCGUUGAAGAACCACUGGGAGUGGAAGGGUGCGCAGUAUGCUGGUCGCACAAGCACGGGUAUUGGCUCCAGCCGGCUGAGCCAUGUCCCAGACGACCUGCUGGAUGAGGAGAUUUGGGAGAAGAUGGUGAACUACAUUGCACGAACCUGUCCGGUCACUGCGUCGAUCACUCGAUUCCCGGCGGUUGCAUCUGUGCGUGACUACUACCGACCUGACGGGUUGAUUUCCGGCCAUGCCUACGCUGUGCUCGAUGCCAGGGAGGUCAUCUUGCACAAUGCACCUUGGCUGCAACAAGGCCUCAGAAAGGGCGUGCUCGGGCAGACUUGGAUUCGAAGGAAGAAUCCACAUGGCGACUGGAAAGCAGAGGGAGGCCUGAAAGCAGGGGCCAGGGUUGUCAUGGGUGACUCACAAGACUGA